AGUAACAGUUUAGAUCUCAGUUAACUAAAGUCAGUCACGAGAUUAAGACAUGUGGUCCGUAGUGCUAUUGAUAUGUAUGUAUGGGUUGGCUCAUGGAUUUUCUCGUGUGGAUCCCCUAGUUUCAACCAGAAGUGGCCUAAUCCGUGGACUUCGCAUCAUUGGAGGGUACGCGCAGUUUCUUGGUAUACCCUACGCAGAAGUCGAUAGAACUAAUCCUUUUGGGCCGGCGUUUCCGCACCCAGGCUUCGAUGAUGUCUUUAAAGCAUACGAAUCCAACAUGUGUCCUCAAGUGUCCCACAACGUCUCGGUUGGAACCUUGGAUUGCCUCACUUUAAACAUUUAUGUACCAGACGCUGCCGAUUCUCGAAACGGCUUACCAGUGAUGGUAUGGAUACACGGAGGCCAUUUCGUUAUUGGCAGUGGCGAUUCAAUUGGCAUACCCGAAUAUUUGUUGGUGGAUGAUGUCAUCGUAAUAUCAAUUAACUACAGACUUGGAGUUUAUGGCUUCAUGUGCCUGGAUAUUCCAGAAGUUUCUGGAAAUCAAGGACUUAGAGACCAAGUGUUGGCUCUGAGGUGGAUCAAUGAGAACAUUGAUUCUUUCGGAGGAGACCCCACAAAAGUCACUAUAUUUGGUGAAAGUGCUGGUGGAAUUUCAGUGAAUCUUCAUUUACUGUCCUCUUACGAAACUCUUUUCCAAAGAGCAAUUAUUCAAAGUGGUCCCGCAACACGCCCGUGGGUAUUGCAAGAUUCUGAUAAUACUGUGCCCAUAAAACUAGCUAGAGCAUUACAUUUUGCAACGGGUGAUAUAACUGAAGCUAUAAUUUUCCUUUCAUCCGUGCAUCCUAAUACACUAGUCAAAACGGCUUAUGACUUAAAAUUGACUUCGUACGUGACUCUAGAAGACAGGCCUGUCACUCUGCCUUGCAUAGAGAAUAAAAUGGAAGGCGUCGAACAUUUCAUAACAGCGCAUACACUAAAUAUAGAAUCGCUUAAACUUAAAAACAUACCAAUCAUAAUAGGUGUGAAUAGUAAUGAAAUGGCUAUGGGCUACGUCAAAGCUAGAGAUGACUACUUUAUGCAUUACGAUUUUGAUUUAAUAAAUUCCGUUGUUGAUUUAACUGAUAAAUUCGGCGAGGCUAUAGACGAUAUAAGACAUUUCUACAUUGGUGAUGAAAAACCUGGAAACAAAGUUAAAGAUGACAUACAACAUUUCUCUUCUGAUGUCUUAUUCAAUUAUCCUACACAAAAAAUGGCUCAACGACUGUUGAGACUUGGUGCCAAAUCUGUAUUUAGAUAUGUUUUCUCGUACAGCGGUGAGAGAAAUAUAAUGAAAAUGAGGUUAAACUUAAAUACCACUGGGGCUGUGCAUGCUGAUGAACUUGGAUAUUUGUUUGAUAGUGAUGAAAUUAAUGGUGACAUCACUCCUAGAGAUCAACUAAUGAUUGAACGACUGUCCAUGAUGUGGACUAACUUCGCUAAAUACGGAGAUCCAACCCCAACAGUUUCAGAGCUACUUCCAGUGAAAUGGGCUCCUAUAUCGAGGACUACACAGCGCUAUCUCAAUCUAGAUUCUGAGCUGACACUCAAAGCUAGACCCUUCCAUGCUAGAAUGGCUUUCUGGGACGUUUUCCAUAAAUUGUACGGAAAUGAACCCAGAAGGAAGCCUUCGGACGGUGAUAGUGGAUACUAUAAAAAGUAG